CGAGGUUUAGGCAGUGGUCAGUUUAAGCUUUAGAAAGGCCACUUGGGUGACUGUGCAGGGCAAUGGGGUCCAGCCCCUCUGAGACCAGCGAGAAGGUGGCUGCUAACCAAUAUGCAUUCCCUCAAUGAACAGACAAUCCACAACAGUGUGUAUGCUGGCACUGGUGGCCCUGAAUCCUGCCAUAUCUGGGUGUAAGGAACAGUGAGUCAUCACACUCCUUUUGGUGGAUGCACGAGGACUUGGGCUGGAAGCAUGUGGAGUGUCCUGCGAGGCUGGAGGAGAAGGCAUCUGAGCCCAUGGGGAGCCCUGGGGCGGCAGCGGCCCCCCAGUGUCCGUGCUCUGGCCAGCGCGGGCCCCGGGACUGGGGACGAGUACAGUCACGUGGUGGUGGGUGCGGGCUCGGCGGGCUGCGUGCUGGCCGGGCGGCUCACCGAGGACGCGGACAGGCGUGUACUGCUGCUGGAGGCCGGGCCCAAGGACAUGCUCGCCGGGAGCAAGCGGCUCUCGUGGAAGAUCCACAUGCCCGCGGCCCUCGUGGCCAACCUGUGCGAUGACAGGUACAACUGGUGCUACCACACGGAACCGCAGCCAGGCCUCGACGGCCGCGUGCUGUACUGGCCGCGCGGCCGGGUCUGGGGAGGCUCGUCGUCGCUCAACGCCAUGGUCUACAUCCGCGGGCACGCAGAGGACUACAACCGCUGGCAGCGGGAAGGCGCGGCCGGCUGGGACUACGAGCACUGCCUGCCCUACUUCCGCAAGGCGCAGAGCCACGAACUGGGUGCUAACAGGUACCGCGGCGGCGACGGGCCACUACACGUGUCCCGGGGCAAGACCAACCACGCGCUGCACCGCGCCUUCCUGGAGGCGGCGCAGCAGGCUGGCUACCCCCUCACUGAGGACAUGAAUGGCUUCCAGCAAGAAGGCUUCGGAUGGAUGGACAUGACCAUCCACCAAGGCAAGCGCUGGAGCACAGCCUGUGCGUACCUGCACCCAGCACUGAGCCGCCCCAACCUCACCGCCGAGGCCCAGACGUUUGUGAACAGGGUACUGUUUGAAGGCACGCGUGCAGUGGGUGUGGAGUACGUCAAGAAUGGCCAGAGCCACCGGGCUUACGCCAGCAAGGAGGUGAUUCUGAGCGGGGGCGCCAUCAACUCUCCACAGCUGCUCAUGCUCUCGGGUGUCGGCAACGCAGACGACCUCAGGAAACUGGGUAUCCCGGUGGUGUGCCACCUUCCCGGAGUUGGCCAGAACCUGCAAGACCACCUGGAGAUAUACGUCCAGCAGGCAUGUACCCUCCCCAUCACUCUCCAUUCAGCACAGAAGCCCUUGAGGAAAGUCCGGAUUGGUCUAGAGUGGCUCUGGAAGUUCACAGGGGAUGGAGCCACAGCCCAUCUGGAAACAGGCGGAUUCAUCCGGAGCCAGCCUGGGGUCCCUCACCCGGACAUCCAGUUCCAUUUCCUGCCAUCCCAAGUGAUCGACCACGGACGGGUCCCCACCCAGCAGGAAGCUUACCAGGUGCAUGUGGGGACCAUGCGGGGCACGAGUGUGGGCUGGCUCAAACUGAGAAGUGCCAACCCCCGGGACCACCCGGUGAUUCAACCCAACUACUUGUCAACAGAAGCCGACAUUAAGGACUUCCGACAGUGUGUGAAGCUGACCAGAGAAAUUUUUGCUCAGAAAGCCCUAGAACCGUUCCGGGGGAAAGAGCUCCAGCCAGGAAGCCACGUGCAGUCAGAUAAAGAGAUAGAUGCCUUUGUGCGGGCGAAAGCGGACAGCGCCUACCACCCCUCGUGCACCUGUAAGAUGGGCCAGCCCUCUGACCCCACUGCCGUGGUGGACCCACAGACCAGGGUGCUUGGAGUGGAAAACCUCAGGGUGGUUGAUGCCUCCAUCAUGCCCAGUGUGGUCAGCGGCAACCUUAACGCCCCCACCAUCAUGAUCGCAGAGAAAGCAGCUGACAUCAUCAAGGGGCAGCCUGCACUCCAGGACAAGGACGUCCCUGUCUAUAAGCCCGGAAGUCUGGCCACCCAGCGCUGAGGCAGUCACUGCCUGAGAAGCCUCCUGACAAGCCAAGAGGGGAAACCUAGAAAUCCAGAGCAGACCCCACAGACCAGACCACUGCUCCAUGCCAAAGCAGCUAGCCCAAGAGGACCCUUUCCCAUCAGCCUGGGGAAGCGACUCGCAGCGGACAAAGACGGCUAAUUCGUAUUCUGCGGACAUCCACAGGACCCGACUGGGAUGGAGCUGAGGCUGAUGGAAAAAGUUGUCAAGUCAAACUAGGUACCCGAUCCUGUAAAAGUACAACUGAGUGAAAGAAAAAAUAAGUUGGCCAAGAUUUGGGGUGGGGGGGGGGCGGGGGCCGGAGAGCAGAUACAAGAAGCAUUUAAAAUAGUUCUUUGAUCUUUAAACUUCCUAUAAUCCAAUAAUGUAAUCCAGUAACUUCUUUUUGAAUGGAGAUGCCUUAGCCAGACUGCUCUCACAGGGUAAUGGAAAUAAAUGUGUUUUGGAUGGAUCUUUCUAAAGAUCUCCAAGGCCACUUCCCACAGCAGGGGAGAAAAGGAUUGUUCCAUGGAAAGCUGCUGUGCUAGACACAGAACAGGGAGGGGAAGAAAAUGGGGGCGUUCCAGGCUUCCCCCCGGGGUCAGAGUGGAUCGAGGUGUCAUGGAGGCCAGACAGCCACAACUUGUGUUUGUGAGACAGACCUUCCAGAAAGAUGGAGAGAAGAAAACCAUGACACCUCUCCUUCCUUUAAAAAUUUUAAGUGGCUCUGGUUUACUCUUACCUGUAUCUUGCUGCAUUUUCUGUCCCAAGGGAGGUUCUAAAUCUGCCAAGAGAUUGAUUUCUUCUAGGGAAGUCCCCGUGUGCCCCCGCAGCCGUGGUCCACAACUGUCAGCCUCAGGGCCUGGGAGCUGCCUGCAGGGGUGAAGGAAGAUUAGAGGAGGGAAGCUGCCAAUCUCACUGCUCUGAGGGCCAAUGAGUGACAAGUUGGGUAGGUGGAGGGGUCCAGGCCUGCCUGUGACUGUGCUGACCUUGUCUAGUGCGGGUAAGCCAGGUGACACAGCCAUUCUAUUCUGUGGUGGUCUCAGUCUCUGGGGCAGUGGCUGCUUUGCCUCCUGUGUCUGUAUUGUAAGAUAAGCAGAGGUGAGAGGAGGUACGUGAUCUUGCACGGCUGGAUUACAUUUAGGCCCCUCUCCCGCUCUCGGUCACUGAGCCUCAUCCCAUAUGAUCAUACAGUGUAGCCAGAUGCAGAAAUAGAGUGGACCGCGAGUGUUCUGUAUCCAGGCCCCACAGAAGUCAAGGCGAAACACUGUGUUGUCGGGGUUCAGCCACAAGAUGGAAUAGUGUGCUUUGAGGUGGCUCCUCGCUCCAGCCAGGACAGGGGCGCGUGCAGCCGUCUGGCGGAGUGGAAUAGUGGCCCGUGUCAUAAUAGGCCAUCUCAAGGUUCCAUUGCCAUGAGGGAACCUUCGGCCUCAGAAAGAGGGCUGUUGGCUGGGGAUGCCAGAGAGGGGAGAAAAGUGCCUAUCGGGUUAGGGAGGCUGAGCCACAGUCAGGCAUCCCUUGGGGCCCCCAGAGACCAGGCCAGCACUCAGCCCUGAGAGAAUCUUCUUGAAGCCCCUUGGCAAAGCACCCAUGAUACCUAAACAGAAGAAUGUACUUUUCAAAAAACGGUUGAAAAAGUGUAACAGGAAGCUGUGUAUAUACCUGAAUGGGCUCCAGGCACGGACCCCUUUGAAGAAGACUGCGUUCAAGCUGCUGCAUCAACAGAAGGUUCUUCCUGGUAGAACGGAGGACAGACGGCACGGAAACCGAGCAGCUCGCCAGCAACAUGACCAGGAAUGGCAGGUCCUGGAAGCCGGAUCCUGGCUUCCAGACGUGCAGCCUGUCUGCUUCCGGGCCAACUGUAGGAAUCCUCAUUUCCAUAAAAUCAGAUAGCUUCUCUCCAGCCAAACCCUUUUCCUCCCCACAGAGGCCGUUUCCUGUUUCUGCCAACUUAACAUCAGAUCUAAUAUCUACAUCCUUUUCCCUUAAAACCUAGAGGGAAACACAUGCCGUCUCCACCAGCCCUGUUCUGAGACCCAGGCCGUCUCCCAUUCCCUCUCUCCUGCCACCAUCCCCACAGGGGAUGCAAGGCCACUCUCGCUGGUGCUCCCAUGUUGGAGGCAAGGGCCCCAGGCCUGCUCCCCAUUCUCCUAUUCUCGCCUGCCCUCUGAAGCCCCCAGGAAGGAAAGAAUAUUAUUUUGGAGAAAUAAAAAUUUUGUCAACAAUGAGA